AUGGAUAUGCAGGGUAAUAAAGCUGUUUUUGUCAUCUUGGAGUGUCGCAUUGGCAUUUCAAAAGCCAUUAUGACGAAUAACAGGGUAUCUGAAGCAAAGACAUUUUUAGAUGAAGCUUUCAUUUUAGCCAAAAAAUUGCCUGCGAGUUUGGAAAAAAAUAUUUAUGUUGAAGAUAUGGGAAAAUUCUAUGAAAGUCGUGUUCAAGAUAUGGAAAAAUUCUGCGAAAAUCUUGGUUACAUCCGUCGUGCUCGAGAAUGCUUUGAUGAGGCCUUAAGAACGUACAGACAGCUUUCAAUCGUCGUCAAGAAACCUCCGUUCAAGGAGGUUUUAAUAGAGCUGAAGCUUGGGAAAUUAGCAAAGGACGUUUGUGCUAUUGUCUCAGUCGACCCUGAAAUUGCGAUGCAGGCUCAGCGAAGUCAUUAUGAUCGCGCGGCUGAAGCAGUACGGCAACAUGUAGCAACCGGACAAGUUGACUCGUCAACUGUUGAAAUAUUUUUAAAAGUGGCUGUAGAGUACCUGUCAGUGGACUCAAGUGAAAUGAUAAGACUUUUGUUGGAAACUUUAUGUGUUAGCGAAAUAGUAUACGGAAAAAAUAAAUCAAAUGAGGCGGGCAUCAAGACACUUGAAGACAUACUUUUGCACACCAACCUCACGAAAGGCGAUUUGCAACCCUUGAACUCAAAAGAGCUUCUAAUAUGCAAGGACAUGGAACUGCAUUUAUCAAACUCAUUUUAUGAAAAUAUAUCCGCGAAUUUGAUUAUGUUGGCCUUUGGUUCCUUUCAAUAUCCCGUCGGUAUUAAUACUAUCGAAUGUGCUUACAAAUUCCUUUUAUCUGCUCCGAAGGACAAGGCUUCAACAGACAGUACCGCAAAAGCAGUCGCUGCCGUACGUUUUACUUGUCUAGGCAUAUUAUUCCAUAAUUCAGGUGACUUGGAAAAAGCCGAGACGUCAAUCAGGUUGGCAAGUCAGUUAUUUAGCGAAAUUCCAGAAAGUGUUGAAAGAGAAAAACUACCGUUCAAAACAACUUGCGACACCAUGAAAGAAAUAUUAUCAUCGAAGACGUUUUCACCAUCAGAUAAAUAUUCUUUAAUGAACGAAGUUUGUGAUAACUGGGAUAGAUUCUGGGAACAUUCGAAACUUCACAAGGAAGGUCAAGAUACCUUGGCUGAAGACUCAAAAAUUUCGGAGAGGUGUAGCAAUGGUCCGCAAAAUGUAGAGUUGUUCAUUCCAUGUUUCAAUGGUGUGAAGCUUCUAGAAUUUCAUUCUUCAGAUCCUAAGACUGUAGACCUUCCAUCGCAAACAGUGUCACAAAGGAAUCUCCCUGUUGAAUUCAAAUCAUUUCCUGAUGCUUUACUCAAUCCAGAAUCAUCCAACCUGGACGUAAAACAAAUUUUACUGCAUACUUAUUUAGAUGCUCUCUUGUAUAACAUGAAGAAAGACAAUGAUCAUCAGGCUGUAAAAAUAUACACAUUUCUUCAAGCUCAUGGGUUAUUUUUUUAAGAAAGCUAUCCCUAUGAUAGUGUUGAAAAGAUAAUCAGCUAUGCGAUUAGAGCGAAGGAAAAAAAACUGUUUGAUGUUGGCAUUAGAUGUUUAGAUUUUGCUUUACAGCGAUCAUCUAACUGGAGACAAAAAACCAAGAUUAUUAAAUUGCGUGGGGAAUGUUAUUUAUCCAGAGGUGAUUUUCGAACCGCUACAAUUAAUUUCAAUAAAGCCGCUGUCAUAUAUUCCAGCGAGACAGUAGAAACCGGUGAUGACCUGCGUGAAUAUUCCGAAGUGUUGAUUGGUUUAAUGAAAAGCGAGAUGCUGUGCCAGAAUGGAGAUGGUGCAUGGCUGAAAUGUCGAGAGGCGAUAGAACUGGUGUUUAAUCAUCAACAUAGCGAAUCCGUACAUGUGCAAGUGAUAGAGUUGCUUUUGCUUGGAGCAAAAUGUCUGGAUGUUUUGCCAGAAAGUGCAGAAAGCAAAGAUGAUAAGCUUUCCGAAACUUGUUCUUUGUGUCAACGAGCUCUUGCCUUCAUCCAGCACGUUGAUCAGACAAGGAACGCCAGUGACUUGGUGGAAGAACUUGGAAGCUCGGGACCAGGGAAAUAUUUUGCCUUGAAAUGUGAAGUGCAACUGUUUUUGGCGGCCGUUUUUUCAAAGUUACAUAAACAAGAAGAAGCACUAAGAAUUUUGGAAAAGACGUUAAAAUUUUUUAAAACGAUUUUCGACAAAGAUCUAGAUAAACUUGAAUUAAACAAAGUGAGUGGUCGCAUAUUUUCAUAUUUUUGUCGAAUGGCAGUUAUGCCUGAUAAAAUAAAGCGAUUAUCUAUUUUUCAGACUGAGUCACUCUUGGUGUUUUCUUUAUCUGCUCUUCCCGAUAUGUUGUUAUUUUAUGAAGAAUUUCUUCCUUUGCUACAGGCAAUUACUGUUAUUGAAUUCAGCAUUAACAGACACGUAAGUCGCUCUUCGUUUCAACAGGCUCUUAAUAUGUGCAAAGAUGUGUUGGUAGAGCAGGGCAAUGAUUUAAACAACAUCUACGCGUUUUUAAAAACUUUGGCAAAUCUCUACAUGAGCCUCGGGAGCACUGAAGAAGCAAUUGUUGUAGCAGAAACUGGUUUAGAAAUAUGCGAUAUGAUGGGGGAUAACAAUGUCACGGAUCAAAUAAACAAUCGCGGCAGAAUGUUACUUUAUCUGGCCCAAAUGCACCAGCUAAAUUCAACUAACUCGGUCUUUGACAGAAAUAAGGAGCUAAAUCUUGCAGAACACUAUUACUUUACCGAACGAGGCUCAGCAGCGGAAUUUGUACUUCGAAAGAAUCUAAGCUACGCCAACUUUUUAUGCGAACAAAAGCGUUUUGCGGAGGCUGAUGCUGUGCUUCGGGAUAUGAACAAUUUAGGCAAAGAAUUGUCGGGUAAAUCUGUGUAUUGUGCCUAUUUUUCACGUGCCUUUUAUGGUCCGGGCAUACAGAAAAGCGUUGAAGUUGACGGCGAGCUAUUGUCAACUGUUGAACAUUGUAUGUACAGCACAAUGGUCCGAGUGUUUGUUGGAAUGGGAAAGAAAAUAGAAGCUGUAGCGGCGUGCGAGAAGCUGACAGCUAAGUAA